AUGGCUGAACAGACGGAGCGCGCUUUUCAGAAGCAGCAGGGAGUCUUCCUCUGCGGCGACUACUCAGCGAAGAAGAAGCUGAGGACCCCGGGCAAGGCGGGUAACCGUUACUACAAGAACGUGGGGCUGGGCUUCAAGACGCCCCGCGAGGCCAUCGAAGGCACCUACAUCGACAAGAAGUGUCCCUUCACGGGCAACGUGUCGAUCCGCGGGCGCAUUCUGUCGGGCACGGUGCUGUCGACCAAGAUGAACCGCACCAUCACCAUCCGCCGCGACUACCUCCACUUCGUGCGCAAGUACCAACGGUACGAGAAGAGGCACUCGAACCUGUCGGCGCACGUGUCGCCGUGCUUCCGCGUGAAGGAGGGGGAUCAGGUCAUCGUGGGGCAGUGCAGGCCGCUGUCGAAGACGGUGCGAUUCAACGUGCUCAAGGACAUCCCACACAAAGUGAGUCAAGAUGAGUUCGGAGGCGGUGCCCGAGCUAAGAACAAGCUCAUCCGCAAGAUCAUCCACCAACGCGCCGCCGCCUAUGACAAGUCGUACGCGCGCAAGGAGCGCGAGCUGGUGCAGCUGAAGCGUGAGGCGAAGCUGAGCGGCGGCUUCUACGUGGAGCCCGAGCCCAAGCUGCUCUUCAUCAUCCGCAUUCGUGGUGUGAACGACAUGCACCCCAAGACGCGCAAGAUUCUGCAGCUCCUGCGCCUUCGCCAGAUCUUCAACGGAGUGUUCCUGAGGGUCACCAAGGCCACUCUGCAGAUGCUGCGAUUGGUGGAGCCCUACGUCACCUACGGCUACCCGAACCUGAAGUCGGUGCGUGAGUUGAUCUACAAGCGCGGGUACGGCAAGGUCAGGCACCAGCGCAUCCCCCUCACUAAGAACUCGGUCGUCCAAAAAGUGCUGGGGCAGAAGAAGAUUCUGUGUGUGGAGGAUUUGAUUUACCAGAUCUUCACGACGGGCCCGCACUUCAAGGUGUGCAACAACUUCCUGUGGCCGUUCAAGCUGUCGGCGCCCAACGGUGGCAUGAAGAAGAAGCGCCUGCACUUCGUGGAGGGCGGCGAUGCUGGUAACCGCGAGGACAAGAUCAACGCGCUCAUCCGGCGCAUGAACUAA